GAGCAGCAGCUGUGGCUCCACUAGGUGGUACUUAAGCAGCCUCUGCAGGGGCCCAGUCACUUCUUCUGUCCUGCCAGCCAAAGCAAUGGGAGCUGUUGGGGCCUUGGUUAUCUGUGUGCUGACUGCUUGGUUUGCUAAAGGAUCUUGUUCACCAGUAAGUGACGCAAAUCUAAGAGAGGAUGAUUUUGAGAGAAGACUGAGCGAGCUUUCACCCAAUGACAUUGCAAUACAGAAGGCCCUGAAACUACUUCAGUCACUGAAGCCUAUGUUUGAGCGUCAUGCUAAGGAAGUACAACUGGAAACCAAUGAAGUGGAAGCUGAGGCAUUAUCAGGUCACUCCCCUACCAAGACACCUGAACAUCCCCAUGAGGCUGUAGAGAUGACUGCAGAGGAAACCACUGGUGUCACCAAGGUUCCUCAAAAGGGUCCCACGUUCACUGAAAAUGAAAACAACUUGGUGGUGGCUAGUGACAACUCCACCAACACUGACCAUGGUUACCUCCUUGACGCUGCGGACAACGCGACGAUUGCUGGCGACAACUCGACCGGCACCGACCACGGUCACCUCCUUGACGCUGCGGACAACGCGACGAUUGCUGGCGACAACUCGACCGGCACCGACCACGGUCACCUCCUUGACGCUGCGGACAACGCGACGAUUGCUGCCGACAACUCGACCGGCACCGACCACGGUCACCUCCUUGACGCUGCGGACAACGCGACGAUUGCUGCCGACAACUCGACCGGCACCGACCACGGUCACCUCCUUGACGCUGCGGACAACGCGACGAUUGCUGCCGACAACUCGACCGGCACCGACCACGGUCACCUCCUUGACGCUGCGGACAACGCGACGAUUGCUGGCGACAACUCGACCGGCACCGACCACGGUCACCUCCUUGACGCUGCGGACAACGCGACGAUUGCUGGCGACAACUCGACCGGCACCGACCACGGUCACCUCCUUGACGCUGCGGACAACGCGACGAUUGCUGGCGACAACUCGACCGGCACCGACCACGGUCACCUCCUUGACGCUGCGGACAACGCGACGAUUGCUGCCGACAACUCGACCGGCACCGACCACGGUCACCUCCUAGACGCCUGCGGACAACGCGACGAUUGCUGCCGACAACUCGACCGGCACCGACCACGGUCACCUCCUUGACGCUGCGGACAACGCGACGAUUGCUGGCGACAACUCGACCGGCACCGACCACGGUCACCUCCUUGACGCUGCGGACAACGCGACGAUUGCUGGCGACAACUCGACCGGCACCGACCACGG